UUCUUUUCUGGAUCCACGUUUUCAGGCCCGAUGAGCUUAUUGAGUUUGUCUAUGAAUCUUGAUUCAAUAUUGGAUAAUAGUGUUUGAUGUCAAGUAUCUUGAUUUGAUAGAGAUUCAGAUUGACGGAAGUAAACGGAUUCGGAUUCUAGAUGGGUUCACAUGAACGCUAGCCAACAACAUCCGUGGAUUCCGCUCCCACACGCGAACGCGCAAGGGGAAUCGGAAAGAUCCAUCAAAAGCCGUCUAAGGACGAACGACCACCGCAUUCAUUCCAAGAGACGGAGGCUUCACACUAAUUGCUAUUGUUACGGGGCAGAACUCCCGCAUCUGAUUGCCACUUCAUCUCAUCUCUAUAACUAUCUCCUUGCCCUCUCUCCUCUCUCGCUUAGGGGUGGGAAAGGUGCGGCGGCCUCUGUGAGCCUCAAUCCGCUCGUCUCUUAGUACUCUAGAGAAAAAAGGAGGAAGAGAACGUGUGGAUCUGGUGACUCCGUGUAGUUCUCGCUAGAUCAUCUGUAAGAAUUCAUUCUUCCAUAUGAUAUAACCAGCUCCAAGUUCGAUUUCUAGACCAGGUGAGCUUCUCAGAACAAUCGCCCUAAGCAAUUCCCUUGCUUCCUUGAGCUCAUGGAGGACAUCAAAGAUGAAUACACCCAGGAUGGGACAACCGAUAUCCAUGGGAACCCAGCUAUCAAGAAGAACACCGGAAAUUGGAGGGCUUGUCCCUACAUUCUUGCAAACGAGUGCUGCGAAAGGCUGGCUUACUAUGGGAUGAGCACCAACCUGGUGAACUACAUGAAGGAUCGUCUCCACCAAGGGAAUGUCGCUGCAGCAAAUAAUGUCACUAACUGGUCAGGAACAUGCUAUAUAAUGCCACUGCUUGGGGCGUUCAUAGCUGAUGCCUACAUAGGAAGAUACUGGACAAUUUCCAGCUUCAUGAUCGUUUAUAUUUUGGGUUUGACACUACUGACAAUGACCGCAUCAGUCAAAGGUUUGAAACCUUCAUGCCAAAAUGGUGUCUGUGAUCCAACGAGAGCGCAGACUGCAGCAGUCUUCACAGCGCUCUAUCUUAUUGCGCUGGGAACGGGAGGAAUCAAGCCAUGCGUCUCUUCCUUCGGCGCUGAUCAAUUCGACGACUCUGACGAAUCGGAGAAGAAGAGGAAGAGCUCGUUCUUCAAUUGGUUCUACUUCUCCAUCAACAUAGGCGCCCUGAUUGCUUCGUCUGUGCUAGUUUGGAUACAGACAGACGUCGGAUGGGGAUGGGGGUUUGGAAUCCCAGCGGUCGUCAUGGCCAUUGCAGUCGUCAGCUUUUUCAUGGGCACACGGCUGUACAGGCACCAGAAACCUGGAGGAAGCCCCCUCACACGCAUUGCCCAGGUUAUGGUGGCAUCUCUGAGGAAGGCUGGGGUGAAAGUGCCUGCUGAUAAGUCACUGCUCUACGAGAUCACACAAAAGGAAUCGGCCAUACAAGGCAGCCGUAAGCUUGACCACACAGACCAGUUCAAGUUCCUUGAUAAGGCUGCUGUAGAGACUCAAGAAGACAAGGCCAGGAGUCCAGUGAAUCCAUGGAGGCUCUGCACGAUCACCCAAGUGGAGGAGCUGAAGAGCAUACUGCGAAUUCUUCCAGUGUGGGCAAGUGGAAUCGUCUUCUCCACCGUCUACAGCCAGAUGAGCACCAUGUUCGUUCUGCAAGGCAACACCUUGGACCGCCACAUGGGCCCCCACUUCCAGAUACCGUCGGCGUCGCUCUCCAUCUUCGACACCAUCAGCGUGAUCGUGUGGGUUCCGAUCUACGACCGCGUCAUCGUUCCGGCGGUCCGAAGGUCCACCGGCCGGGAGCGGGGCUUCACGCAGCUGACGCGCAUGGGCAUCGGCCUGGUCAUCUCCAUCUUCUCCAUGGUGGCGGCUGGCAUUCUGGAGGUCGCGAGGCUGCGGACCGUGGCACGGCACGGCCUAUACGACGUCACUAGUGGCUAUGUUCCCAUGUCCAUAUUCUGGCAGGUGCCUCAGUACUUCAUCGUGGGGGCGGCCGAAAUCUUCACCUUCAUCGGCCAACUGGAGUUCUUCUACGACCAGGCACCGGACGCCAUGAGGAGCAUGUGCUCCGCGCUCUCUCUUACCACGGUGGCGCUGGGGAACUACUUGAGCACCUUGCUCGUCACGAUCGUCACGUCCAUUACGACGAGGAACGGGAAGCUGGGAUGGAUUCCGGACAACCUCAAUCGCGGCCACCUCGACCACUUCUUCUGGCUGCUGGCCGUUCUCAGCCUCCUGAACUUCGGCGUGUAUCUCUUGAUCGCCAAGUGCUACACCUACAAGAAGACAGUAGAGGACGAGAAGAUCACAACCAACGACGUCGAGCUACAAUGAGAUUGGUGGUGGUUCGUUUGCUUUAGCAGUUUGAGAGGUCAGUCUGUGUUGCAAGUCUAAACCGUGUGACUGUGUUUUAUUCGAUUCGCUUGCUAUGUAAUGUUUGGUAA